UUUUGCCUCACGAUAGCCAGCCUCGUCCGUCGUCGUCGCAUAUCAUCACCCACCCACUCUCACUCACGAGCUUCAUCCGCUGUCACCGACAAAGAGCGUUGCUUCAUAGGAAGGGCGCUAGAUUCCCUCCAUUUUCUAGCCGGGAAAGCCCUGCCAUAUUUCAGUUGGGCGGCUGGCCUGCUCUCUGGCCAAGUCUAGUCAGAAGUCGGCGCCGCCUCCAAGUUGUGCGCGCUCUCACCGCGCGAAGGUCACCCCCCUCCAUCAGACCAAGGCGCAUACAUCCGACCCUAUAGAGUGGUGAGCGGGCCCCGGUGGCUCUUACCUGGAUGCCAUCAAAGAGGACAAGGGCAUCGCUCCCUACGCCUCCCUUGUCUUCUCAUCACGACGACGACGGCGGCGGCGUCGCUGUCGUCGUUGCAAAGGGGGACCAAGGUGAGGAGGUGGAUAGGGAGGACAUCGUCCUACCGCCGCCGCCAUCUGAUGGUGAGGAUGCGGAUGGGAAUCAGAUAGAUCCGCAAUAUCAUCAUGAGCAUGAUGACCAAGAAGGUGGUGAUGAUACUCGGCACUACCACGAUUCGGCUGACGAUGGAGACCAUCAGAACGGGGAGGAGCAGCCUCUUGUAAACGGACAGCCAGAUACCGUACCAGAGGGUGACCCCGAAGCCCAAGCAGAUUCAGCAACAGCAGCAACAUCAGCAAUCGCGGACUCAGCGUCCCACGCAGAGGACAAAGAGCAUCAACAUCACUCCGACGAUGCGAAUGAGCAUGCAUACAUCCACGCAGACGUCAAUGGUCACCAUGAGGAGGGCGAUGCAGGAGGCGAGGCCGAACCCUCAGGUGAAGGUGCCAACAUUGAGCAUCCACCUGCCGAAGAGGAAGAGGUCAUUACCCACUACGCUCCAGACGACCCUGCACAAUACAUCCAUGAAGGUGGCGACGAGGAGGGUAACGAAGCGCAACAUCACGAUGCCGGAGAGCACGCCGAGCCUACCGCCUUCGACUUCCUGCCCUUCUUUCCAAACGGCGCCCAAGACAUGGAAAGGCUUGCCGAGGCCUGGCAAGAGCAGCAGCGCUUAGAGCAACAGGCGAGAGAACAAGCCGCCGCUGAGUCGACCGAGGAUGGCGCCAAGAGUGAGCAGCAGGGUGAAGGCGACGAUGUCAAGCCACAAGCCAACGGCGAUCACGUUGGCGACGCCGGCUUGCUACUUGGCAUGGCAUCAGAAGCGGGCGUCGAUGGCAUCAGCGCUACCACAGCAGAGCAGCUGCAGAGCGUUCUCUCCUACGCAGCAGUCUCUACCGCCCCGUCGUCCUACCCAGCAGUGGCCGGAUCAAACCAAGCCGCAGCUGCCGCCGCAGCCGCUGCCGCUGCAGCUAUCGGCCAAGCCGUCAGUCCCCAAUCUGCUAUCGCUGCAGCUCUCGCCGCUCAGCGAGGAGCUGGCCCGGCCUGGGACUAUAGCCAACUUGCUCAGCAGUACUCUUCUGGCGCUUCGCCCUACUCCAACCCUUCGUACGCAGCCAGCGUCGCCGCAUACAAUGACCAGCAGUCGGCCAGCUCUGGUCAUCAUCAACAGCAGCAGCAGCAGCAGCAUCAGCAGCAAGCGAGCUCGAGUAGCAGCAGCAAUGUAGGCGCCAGCGGGAGCGGCACCGGGACCGGCAGCUCUUCCUCUCACCAGCACAGCCAAGGCCCACGAGAGCGUCGUGUCGGCUCGUCCAACAAUCCUAAUACCAUCGGCGGGCACACGCAUCGUCCCGGCUCAGGUCACGCCUUCUGCUCCGGCCCUCCCGUAGAGGGCACACCGUAUCGUCGCUUCGUCUUCCCAAUGGGCGCAGACGUCUCUGCUGGUCGCAAGAAGCACGUCAAGUCCGCUCAGGACAUGGCCGACACAUUCCCCCUCGCUGAGCAUCCCUGCGAUCGUUGUGCCGGGUACGACAAUCCGCUGCCUUGCUUCCAUCAGGCGGGGAACAAGUGCGUGUAUUGCAAAUUCUUGAGCAAGCCCUGUAGCUUACAACCCGGUGGAACGAACAACAAAGAGAGGAGGGCGGAGGGGAGCGCAGGGAGUGUAGGCCUUCCGCCCGGGCAGGGUCAGUACGGAUUCAAGGAAGAAGAGAAUGGCGAGUACGGCGAAGAUAGGCCAAUGAAGAAGCGCAAGCGGGAGGAUGGAGAGGGUGAGGAGGGAGGAAUCAUGGACGUGGACGACGUUAUGCAUGCCGAAGGGCACGACCAGCACGACCUCGCCCACCACGUCGGCGUAGACCUGAGCGGCCUCGAUAUGAGCAGCGUCGUAUCAGCCGACGAGGCGCAACGUGUUGCGCAGGAGCUGGCGGCUGCAGCGCAUCAGCAUCAAGAGCAGCUCGCUGCACAGGCCCAGGCUGCUCAGGCUAUUCAGCAGGCGGCGGAGGCGCAUCAGAGGGCGCAGGAUGAGGCGGCAGCUGCGGCAGCCGCAGGCGACCAUGGCGACUUCGUUCAGCAUGAUGCUGAUCAGCAGCAGCAGCAGCAAGAGGGCGACGGCGAGGGGCAACAUGAUGAGGCAGGAGGCGAGGAGGAAGGUGGCGUCGCCAUCGAUGAUGCGAAUGCCAUUGCAGCCGUCGAGCACUUGGCUGCGGUAGCUGCGGCUGAAGCGCAAGCGCAAGCGAGAGCAGAGGCAGAGGCAGAGGCAGAAGCUGCGCAGCAGGUGGAGGGCCAUGAAUUGCUCAACGACCUGGGCGAUGGAGAGGGCCACGAGCAGCUUGAGGCGCCUGCCGAGGAUGCUGGUCAGUCCGCGAACCCUGAUGGAGAGGAAGCGCAGCAAGACCACGCAAAUGAUCAAACCGAUCAGGACGACGAUGGAGCAGAAGCGGCAUUAGAAGCUGCUGCUGCUGCAGCCGCAGCAGCCGCCACCGCCAAUGUAGAGCAACCUCUCGAAGGCGAAGAGGCGGAAACCUCCCCGCCUGUGUACGAAGAGCAGUCUGAGGCCAAGGGCCUCACACACCAACAUGAUGGCGAGCAGCAGGACGAGGAGGAAGAUGAACCCGCUGUCCUACUCAACGAAGGCGCACCCGUCUUGAGCGCCUCCUCCUAGACCUUUCCCGUCCCUCCUCCCCCCCUUCACCGCCUACCCCGCUACCACUCCGGCUGCGUUCAUCGUUUUGUAAUCUUUGUUCCCCUGUUCCCUCCCCCCCAGAUGUACACUUAGGCACCCGCACCCCGAUUCGACGCUUCGAUGAGAAGCAAGAAUCUAUGCAACGAUAUCCAGACGCAAUUGAGCGUCGCUACUAUC